AUGGAGGCUGAACUGGAACGCUUCCACAAACAAAACACUCAGCUUGAACUGAGCAUUACUGAGCUGAAGCAGAAGCAGAAGGCCACAGAACACGAGCUUCUGGCAGAAAGACAGGCUACUCGGGAUGUAGAAGCGCUCGUUCGACGCUUUAAGACUGAUCUAUACAAUUGUGUUGGUUGUAUUCAGGAUCCAAAGGUUCUCAAAAGCAGUGUGAUCGCUCUCUAUAAGAAGCAUAUUCAAGAUGAUGUGGUAAAAUCUUAA